UAGUCAUUUGCCUUUGCGAAAGAUUGAGAGAAAUGUAGAUAGCCACCUUGCUACCAUCAUGUCUUCCUUUUAUCAAAUAAAUAACUAGGUUUACAAUCGAAUGCUAUGUCUGAAUUGUUAAAUGCAUUUUUCAAGAUUUGUACAGUAGCUAGCUAGAUGUAAAUACAUCGACAGUAACCUGGCAGUAAUAGGAGUUAAAACAAGGGGUUGAAAGAACGUUGCAUUUGCUCAAGUGGUAUUUUUAGCUACUACUAGCCACUGGCAGCUAGCGACAUUUGGUCAACUUGCGAUCAACGAUAUAUUAUAUUCCCGGAAGAUAGAUAUCAAUGAUAUCCCAACUGAACUGGUAAGUGUAAACAGAAAACGGAUCAUCACCAUGAGUUUGCAGGAUGGAGAGGGACUGGGUGGAUGGAGUAUAAUUUCGAUAUUGUUGGAGUGGUAAGCCCUUAACUCAGAAUGCACUCUGAUCUGUCGCCUCACCUGCACAUGGAUGAGUGCAACAUACUGAUAAACCUGCUGAAGCAGUGCCACACGGAGCACAAUGUCAAGAAGUUCUUUGGCCAUUGCAAUGAUAUGGACCGUGCCAUGAGAGCUUGUUUGAAGAAUGAGCGAAUUGCAAAGAGGGAGAAAAGCAAACAGCAUGCUAAAGAGAUGAGACAGAGGCUGAAAGACGGCCCUAAGGAAGACUUCUGAAUGGCAGUACUGGCUGAGCCGAUGCUCGAGGAAGGGGCACAGGAACUGGGUAUUGGAGGACUUGGGACUUACUGGGAUCUACCAUGAGAAGCCUACUUUACUGCCUGGACAUCUGGCCACAAGAGGUCUCUCAUAAUGUUGGUUUCAGUAUGUGUGUUGGGUGGGGUGGAUUGUCAUAGACAGUGGUAGAUGAUCAUUUCGCUACUCAGUGAUCAGAGCUUGUGUGUGUGUGUGUGUGUGUGUGUGUGUGUGUGUGUGUGUGUGUGUGGGGGGGGGGGGGGGUCUGUUUUGAGGACUGCUAUCAUGGUUGAUUACAUAUUUAAAGUACUUAACAAAAUAAUUGUUUUAAAUUGUCUGAGUUUCUGACUGGGGAAUGACAAUGAUGAAUGAACACUGGAUUUCUAUUGAAUAAAGUUUACCAAAACACAGAA